CCGAACUGCACAAAUAUCUCUUGACUUGGAAUACACGAAGACGGAGAAGAAGAGAAGAGAUGGCCGUGGAUGCAACGGUGAAGAAGGUUGAGAUUGUUAAGCCGAGGAAUGAUAAAAGAGAGUAUAGAAGAAUUGUUUUGGAGAACAAGCUUGAAGUUCUCCUCGUCAGCGAUCCAGAAACGGAUAAGUGUGCUGCAUCGAUGGAUGUUGGUGUCGGUUCUUUUAGUGAUCCCGACGGACUCGAAGGGCUCGCGCAUUUUCUCGAACACAUGCUUUUUUAUGCCAGUGAAAAGUACCCCUUGGAGGACAGUUACUCAAAAUACAUCAGUGAGAAUGGAGGUAGUACAAAUGCUUUCACAGCCUCUGAGCACACCAACUACUACUUUGAUGUGAAUCCUAACGCCUUUGAAGAUGCCUUGGAUAGAUUCGCUCAGUUUUUCAUUAAACCACUGAUGUCAGCUGAAGCUACCACUAGGGAAAUAAAGGCAGUUGACUCAGAGAACCAAAAGAAUCUACAAUCAGAUGUUUGGAGAAUGAAUCAGCUUCAGAAACAUUUAAGUGCGAAGGAUCAUCCAUACCACAAGUUCAGCACAGGGAAUUGGGAAACCUUGGAGGUCCGCCCAAACCAAAGAGGGGUGGACACAAGAGAGGAGCUUCUCAAGUUCUAUAGGGAAAAUUAUUCAGCUAAUCUCAUGCAUCUUGUGGUAUAUAGCAAAGAUGAACUUGAUAUAUGUGAAAGCCUGGUACAAAGCAAAUUCCAUGAAAUAAAAAAUACAGAUCGAGACCGACUCAUUUUUACUGGACAACCGUGCAAUUCAGAAAGUCUUCAGAUCAUUGUGAAAGCUGUCCCAAUUAAAAAAGAUCACAAGUUGAGAUUUGUGUGGCCAAUUACUCCUUCAAUCCGACACUACAAGGAAGGGCCUGCUAGAUAUUUGGGUCACUUGAUUGGACAUGAAGGAGAAGGAUCUUUGUUUUACAUCCUGAAAAAAUUGGGCUGGGCUACAAGUUUAUCUGCCGGGGAAUCAGAAUGGACUUAUGAAUACUCCUUUUUCAAAGUGAGUAUCGAUUUAACAGAUGAUGGUCAUGAGCAUUUUCAGGAUAUUGUGGCUCUGCUGUUCAAAUAUAUACAUCUUUUGCAGGAAGCUGGUCCCUGCCAAUGGAUAUUUGAUGAGCUUGCUGCUGUAUGUGAGACCUCCUUCCACUGUCAAGACAAGGCCCGCCCUAUUGAUUAUGUAGUUGGUAUUGCAUCUGAUAUGAAGAUUUAUCCUCCAAAUGAUUGGCUUGUGGGAUCAGCUUUGCCAUCAAAGUUUAAUCCUGAAACAAUUCUGUCAGCACUGAAUGAGCUAAGCCCAUACAACUUGAGAAUAUUUUGGGAGUCAUCGAAGUUUGAUGGACAGACAAAUUUAAUUGAACCUUGGUAUGGAACUGCAUAUUCUGUUGAGCAAUUAGCUGGAUCUACAAUAGAGCAAUGGGUUGGAAAAGCUCCCAAUGUAGAUCUGCAUUUGCCAGCUCCUAAUGAGUUUAUUCCUUCAGAUCUCUCUCUCAAAACUGCUCAGGAGCAGAUUAAAUUACCUGUUCUGAUGAAGAAAUCAAUGUUCUCAAGAUUAUGGUACAAGCCUGACACAGCCUUUUUAGUUCCAAAGGCGUAUGUUAAGAUAUGUUUCGACUGUCCUUUUUCUGGAAACUCCCCUGAAUCAGAAGUCCUCACUGAAAUAUUUACACGCAUGUUGAUGGACUACUUAAACGAAUAUGCAUAUUAUGCAGAAGUUGCUGGCCUGCAUUAUGGAGUUCACAGUACUGGCUAUGGUUUUGAGGUUACUGUGAUUGGAUUUAAUCACAAACUAAGAAAAUUACUGGAGACUGUAAUACAAAGAAUUGCUGAGUUCGAAGUAAAACCUGAACGAUUUGCUGUUAUAAAGGAGCGGGUCUCAAAAGAAUAUCAGAAUUUGAAAUUCCAACAGCCAUGUCAGCAUGCUAUGAACUACUGCUCAUUAAUACUACAAGACCAAUUCUGGCCAUGGACUGACAAACAUGAUGCUCUUUCUCACCUUGAAGCUGAGCAUCUUGUUAAGUUUUAUCCGUUAAUGCUCUCGAAGACCUUCUUGGAAUGCUAUGUAGCAGGAAAUAUUAAACCAGAAGAAGCCGAGUCAAUGAUAAAGUAUGUUGAAGGAGUUUUCUUUGAGGGCUCCAAUCCCUUGUCUCAGGCUCUGUUUGCUUCUCAACACAUGACUGAUAGAAUCAUUAAGCUCGAGAAGGGAAUAAAUUACUUCUAUAGUGCUGAAGGUCAAAAUCCUAGUGAUGAAAAUUCUGCUCUUAUGCAUUACAUUCAGAUUCACCGGGAUGAUUUUAAGUUGAAUGUGCAACUUCAACUUUUUGUUCUGAUAGCAAAGCAACCUACAUUCCACCAGCUUAGAACAGUUGAACAGCUUGGUUACAUUACUGUACUUUUGCAGAGGAAUGAUUCUGGUAUCCGCGGUUUGCAGUUCAUCAUCCAAUCAACUGUCAAGGGUCCUGGCCAAAUUGAUUUGAGAGUUGAGUCAUUUCUGAAGAUGUUUGAAACCAAGCUCUAUGAAAUGUCAAAUGAAGAAUUUAAGAACAAUGUUAAAACGCUAGUUGAGAUGAAGCGUGAGAAGCACAAAAAUUUAGGAGAAGAAUCCAGGUUUUACUUGCGAGAAAUAAUUGAUGGCACCCUCAAAUUUGACCGGAAAGAUCGUGAGGUUGAAGCACUGGAACAAUUAUCCCAGAAGGAAUUGAUAGAUUUCUUCAAUGAGUACAUAAAGAUCGGUGCUCCUAACAAGAAGAGCUUGAGCAUUCGCAUAUAUGGGAACCGUCAUUCUUCCGAGUUAGAGGCAGACAACAACAAAACAUCAGAUCCGACCUCUGUUCGCAUAGAAGAUAUCUUUACUUUCAAAAGAUCGCGCCCUCUGUAUGGCUCAUUCAAGGGAGGAUUUGGCCAGUUCAAGCUCUGAAGAUAUAAGCAGAGAUCGAACAAUCCGGAGAAUCGGAGCGGGACGAACGUAAGUUAGUUACAUUUAUACACUUUCCUAUGAUCUUUUGCAGUGCUUUUGCUUUAGCAGUUUAUACUACUUGAGGAUUGAAUAUUAAUACCUUUAUUACCUGGAAGACAGCAUUUGCUAGUAGUAGAAGAAUGAAGAUGCUUUCCUUAUA